GUGUCCUGGAGACGGGAAGCAGCCGGCGGCCUGCCAUGGAGGGAGCGCCUGGUUCUCCUCGGAGCCCGGAUCCAGAUUAGCGGGCGGCAGCGGCGACGACGACGGCGGAGGAGACCCUCCCAGCGGCCUAAUGGACGAAAGCAAAGUAGCUGGUGGCAAAGUGAAGAAACCAGGUAAACGGGGCCGUAAACCAGCUAAAAUAGAUUUGAAAGCCAAACUCGAGAGGAGCCGGCAGAGCGCGAGGGAAUGCAGAGCGAGGAAGAAACUGAGGUACCAAUAUUUGGAAGAGCUGGUUUCAAGCCGGGAAAGAGCCAUCUGUGCUCUUAGAGAAGAACUGGAAAUGUACAAGCAGUGGUGCAUGGCAAUGGACCAAGGAAAAAUCCCCUCUGAAAUUAAAGCUCUCCUGAGCGGAGAAGAGCAAAGCAAGCCUCAGCAGAACGUCGGCAAGAUGGCCAGAGCCGUAAAGAGCGACUCCAACAGCCACAGUUCCAGGUGAAGGUCAGUCCAAGCAGACUGAAGCCCCUAUUUUAAACAACAACAACAACGAAGAUGUUUAAAAAAAAAAAAAAAAAGCAGUAAUCUACGGACUUCGUGUGCUCAUCCUUGGCCAUAUCAUCUGUACAGCUCUACUGCAGUUGGAAGUUUGAGCUGACUUUCCAAAUGAGCCUGACAGCAAGAGGGCAGAAGUAAAAUCCUUUCGAUCCAUUUGAUCUAAUUAAACAACAUCCCGGUGUCUGCAGGAAUAGCUGCUUGAAGCAGAGAAGGAAAGGCCCGAGAUUACGUCAACCCCAAGUUUAUUCCAAAAUGUAUUAGAAACUCGGGUACAUUUUGUGGGUAGAAGUGGCUGAGAAAAAGGGGAGACACCUGUUUUUCCUAGGGAUUGGGCCACCAAACUCUCCUUUGUUGCGUUCAGGCCUAUAAUUAUGCUUUUGAUUUCGUUUUUUAUUAUUUACUGUAUUUAGUGUUUAUUUAAGGAAAAUACUAUAUAUAUAGAGAAGUAGAGUUUAUUAUUCACGGGAUAGCCUGUUUUGCAUUGGAUAUAUAUAUAUAUAUAUAUCAGAGUGUUUUUCAAACGGGGCCAUUUUAAGACGCUCGGACUUCAAUUCCCAGAAUUCCCUAACCUUCAUGGCCAUUGAUGAGAAUUCUGGUAGUUGAAGUCCAUGGACCUUAAGCGGUCAAGUUUGAAAAAAUACCGGUAUAGCGCAUGCUGAUAAUACUUUGCUCUAGAUGGCCAAUAUGUCGCCGCCUUCUUUUCCUUCAGAUGUCUCUGAACUAGUGGAGUUAAGUCUGUACUUGUGGAAUUGUGAAGUCUUUGACUCCCGUGUCAUCUCGGUCGUAAGAUGAUGUACAUAAAGCGAGGGUGCCCUGCCUGCAGUAUGGGGUGAAGAUAUUGGUACGGAUUGUUAGGAUGUGUGAGGUUGCAAUCGUGGGACUCUUCGGCCAAGCAACCCCUCUUUUCGUUGCCGCUGCAUGCACAGAUCAUCGUCUUCGUGGUGUGUCGUGUCGCGGGUGCCUGGUGUGAUACUGCUGUCGCUGUCUUAGCACACAACCAGCCCUUUGUGGAUUGAGUUGACCGUUUAAACUAAGUUCAGUGCUAAAUUCAAGACUUCAUUAAUUACCCUGUUUCCCCCAAAAAUAAGACCCAACUGGAAAAUAAAUUCUAGCAUGAUUUUUCAGGAUGCUCGUAAUAUAAGCCCUACUCCCAAAAUAAGCCCCAGUUAAGAUUGCCAGCCAGAUGGGUCCAUUUAGUAUCGCAUUUCCCCUCAAAUAAGACCUAAGCCCUAGUGCGUCUUUUGGAGCAAAAAUUAAUAUAAGAUCAGGUCUUAUUUUCGGGGAAACACGGUAGGCGAAUGAGUCAUUUGAGCAGCAGCGGAGUAACUCUUCAGCAGCGAAGUGUCGUGGGGUUAGUUUAUAUUUUCUAAACUUGCCUGAUUGCGUCUUCGCUUAGGCUGCUUAUUAAUAGGAGUUGAUGAGUCAAAAUCAUUGCAGUCUUUUUUUUCUUCUUCCGCUCAAUGCAGUCGUGGAGAGGUUUUAUAAGGAAGAUACCCCACCUAGCUGGCUAGAGAAAGGGGGGAACAGAAGCAGCUUGCCCAUUCCCUUCCCCUUGCCUUUUCUCUCUUGGUUGCAAGACCAUAUUGUCUGCUUUUGACAUAAAAAGGUAAAAAGGGCCUGCGAAUUUAUGGAGAAAGGCUAGCCAAUGAAUGCAGCAUACAGGAUGUUUUGUAUUUUCCGUUUCACGGAAUCGGUGCAUCUGUAGUAUUGAGUGUUGGGAAGGGAAUAAUAUUGGCAACUUAACAACCUAACACUGCGUGUAUUUUUGCUGUAGGGGACAAAACAGUUGAGUUAUCGUAAGACCAAAAGUCUGCCCUUUUGUAUUAAAAUGAAUGUAACAAAGCCUUUGCCGUCCUUUAUUGAAAAGGGUUACCGACAGAGGGCAGGGGGUUGAAACAUCAUGUCAGAAACACCCAAACCCAGCAGCUCAGAAAACAAAACAACAACAACGAACGUACUUUGUUUAUAUGUAUUAAAACAAAACUGUUUUAAUGAAAGCUUCCUUUUUCUGUAUGGAAGAUUGUGAUUUUUCAGUCGUCUUAUGGCAAUUGGGUAAAAAUGUGCAACCUCCUUCACACUAUGACGCCAAGCUGCUAUCCAGCUGCUAAAAGGAAUAAACAAUAAAUUGCAGUAUUUGUAAAACCUCAAA